AAACAUUCAAUAAUACAAUUCAUAUUAAACUUGUACUACGUAUCGCAGCGUAUCGUAUCUAUUGUACCUCGUAGUACUCUACGAGCAACAACGUUAGACCGAAAGACGAACUGAGUUUUUGACUUCUUUACUCAAAAAAAAAAAAAAAAAAAUUAAAAGCAGCAAAAAACAUGAAAAAUAUAAAAGUAUAAAAUAGAAAUCUAAACAACUGUAACUGAAUGUUUUUCUUUUGAAAACUUUUAGUCGAUCACUAGUUGUCCAGAGUUAAAGUUCGUUUUAAAUUGAAACAAAAUAAUAAUAUAAAAUAUAUUUUUAUUAAUAAAUUAAAAAUAAAAUUUUUCAUUUCUUAAACUUAUAAAACAAAUUUGUUUGUUACACCAUAUAAUGAGGAUCAUUCAAUUAAAGGAUUAAAACAAGAAAGAAUUCAAUUUGGAAACAAACCUGUUAUCUUUUUAACUUCUUAAUAACAUUAUCUUGCCUUAAUAAUUGCAAUAACUUUAUCAAUAACUCCUAUAAACUACUGUUGGGUUAAUUAUGGAGUCAUCAUCGUUUGUUAUGAAAACUUCAAAUACUAAACGUUUUGUAAUUGAGGACUCAAUAACUAAAGUAACAUCAGAUGGCGAACCGCAUGAAAUGAUGACCAUGAUAGCUGGACUGUCUGGUCUUUUGGCAGCUAUGGUCAUACUAACGGUGUUAAUAUUCCUGGUGGCUUGUAAAAAAUCUAAAAGCAAACAUGAAUGUAAUAAAUGUUCGGAAACUGGCUCCACUGCUGGUCCAGCUGGCGAAAUUCAAAGUAAAUACUCUUCCACAGUUGACAUCUAUAAUCCAAAGCAAUUGCAAGGCAGAUCCAUCUCUGUAAUAUGUGCCAGAGAAGAGAAUAUGGGCUGUCGUAACAGCAUCAAGGGCAAUUUGCAAAGUAAUUUGAAUAAAGCCUUUGAGAGCAGUGAAUUGGAAUUGCAGCGGCCUAAGCAAAAGAAGAAGACCCAUUGGCAAGAUGAAAUGGAAAUUCAAAGAGAAACUUCCAUACAAAUAGAACGUUAUUAAGUACCAAAUCAAGCAAUUGCAAAGUUGAUAAGAUGAAAUGUAAACGAGAAGACUGAACGGAAUUUUGGGCGAUAAAAGCAUCUAUUGGUAGCACGAUGUUGGAAUCUCUAAUUUUUUCGUAUUAGAAUUAAUAAAACUUUCUAAACUAACAAUAAGCAACAAACAAUAAUUUGAUGUAUUUUUUAAGCUUUUAAACUUUGU